GAGAGAGAGAGAGGUGUGUAUGGUGUUUGCUGUGAGAGUCCCUCAGUGAGUGAAUGAGUUGUUGUACAAUGUUUCUCUGUCUGUUUUUAACGCUGAUGGAUGAAGUCAAUAACAGCAAACGUUUUGGGACUCAAACCUUGAACCCUGAGCAAAUUUAAAGCGCACGAGACCGCGGGGAACGGCGCGCACGAGGAUCUUUACUUCGACGCGGAGCUCACACGUUACGUAUGCUUCAUAUGGAAACCAGUGGAUGGGAUUUGUGUUUUGUGUUGAGGCUGACGGCCGAAGAGGUCUGAAUUUUGUCUCGUGAAAAGAACAAAUCUGAUCCUCUCUAAAGAAAGAAAAGUUUUAGCUCGCGCUGGAUUCGUAACAAGCGAAACUCUUGUGAAGAGACGCGCACAUGAUACACUUGGUUUUAUCAAUAGAUCCUUCAAGCGGAUUCUGAGGUAUUUUUGAUCUUUUUUUUCGUUUUAUGUGUUUUGCUUACUGGAGUUGGAGGUAAAACAUAAUCCCGUCGAUGGAGUGACUAUUUUAUCUUCAGUCAAGUACCUCAGAAAGGUGGGGUAUGUGUGAUGGUAUGUGAGUGUUUACCAUGGUACAGAAGAGACUCGGGUUUCUGAAUGUCACCAUUGUCAUCGCUCUCUGUGUACUCUGUCCCUCUCUGAGCGCUGAAUCGGUGGUCCAGGGAAGAGUCGGGGGUUUUGCCGAGCUGGGAUGCAGCCUGACACCUCCGUCAGAAGGGGACACCACCCCUAAUCUCUUCCCGUUGUAUGUGGUGGAGUGGGUCCGGCUGGGAUAUAACGUCCCUGUCCUCAUCAAAUUCGGCGGAUACACGCCACGAGUGCAUCCGAACUACAAAGGUCGCGUGUCUCUCAGUCAUGGAGCGAGUCUGCUGGUGGAUAAAUUAACUCUGGAUGAUGAAGGCUGGUUUGAAUGUCGGAUUCUUCUGCUGGACAGAACCACGGAUGAGUUUCGGAACGGCACCUGGAACUUCCUCUCCAUCUCAGCUCCUCCAGUGUUCAUCACAACACCUCCUGCGUUUCUGGAGGUCAUGUUGGGUGAAUCUCUCGCCCUCCGCUGCGAUGCUCACGGAAACCCCAAACCCACCGUCACCUGGAGUACUGUUGAGGACUAUGAUGCGUUUGAGGUGGUCAAUGAAACCUUGUCUUUAAGCAAGGUUACGAGAGAAACCGCUGGAAUGUACAAGUGUCACGUGUCCAACCCUGAAGGGAACCUUACCCACAUCACUCGGCUGCGGGUCAAAGGUCCUCCAGUAAUCAUCAUUGCUCCUGAAGACACCACCAUGAACAUGUCCCAGGAUGCUGUUCUGCAGUGCCAGGCUGAAGCGUAUCCUUCUAACCUCACGUAUGAGUGGUGGAAACAAGGUGAAAACGUCCAUCACAUCGAAACUCUGAAAUCACGGGUAAAAAUACUUGUGGACGGUACCCUCCUCAUUGUGGGUCUGAUCCCUGAGGAUUCUGGGAAUUACACCUGCACACCUACCAACGGUCUAAUGACGCCACCCUCCGCGUCAGCCUACCUCAAAGUUAAACAUCCUGCACGAGUAGUGCGGAUGCCCCGUGAGACGUAUCUGCCCACGGGCAGGGGGGGAACCAUCACGUGCCCGGUUCAAGCUGAGCCCCCAAUGCUGUUUGUUAACUGGACCAAAGAUGGAGCCUCUUUAGACCUGGAGCAGUUUCCAGGCUGGAUGGUGAACUCGGAGGGUUCUGUGUUUAUAACCGCAGCCAAUGAUGAUGCGGUGGGCAUGUACACCUGUACGGCAUAUAACAGCUACGGGACCAUGGGCCAUUCAGAACCUACCAAAGUUAUCCUCGAGGACCCCCCAUCGUUCCGUGUCUCGCCGCGUGCCGAGUACCUACAGGAAGUGGGCAGGGAGCUAACGAUACCCUGUCAAUCUCAGGGAGACCCCGCCCCUAACAUCACGUGGAGAAAGGCUGGCCCCGCCCCUCGUUCGCCAUUCACAGUCUUAUCCAGUGGCUCUCUGGUCCUGCGACCAGUCGGUAAGGACCACCAGGGGGCGUGGGAGUGUCUCGUCACCAACCGUGUGGCCACUGUCAGCGUUACAACCAUGGUGUUAGUGCUCGGUACGAGUCCCCACGCUGUUACCUCUGUGUCUGUGAAUCCGGGGAUAAAUCAGGCCAACGUGUCCUGGGAGCCGAGCUUUGAUGGAGGAUACACACAGAAAUUUACUGUGUGGGUGAAGGCCACGCUAAGAAGAAAACAUGAAUGGGCGUCCGUCCCUGUGCCGACGUCCAAAACCUCCAUGCUGGUGACAGGACUGCAAGCUGCCACGAGUUACCAGUUCAGCGUUCUUCCACAAAACAAGCUGGGCUCUGGACCCUUCAGUGAGAUCGUCACCGUCAGGACGCUGGCAGCUCCAACAGAAGUUCCCACUGCGGUGACCGCCAUUGUAACAUUAGCCCCUCCCACCUCACUGUCAGCCAAUCGAACGUCGGUGGGCAUACUACUGCAGUGGCUUCCACCAGCUGCGGACUCUCCACCAAUCACAGCCGUUGUCCUGCAGGCAAGGCGGGACAAGGGGGAGUGGCUCACUCUGUAUGACACGAUCUCUGUCAACACGACAGAACUGAUCGUACAAGGAUUGGUAAAGGACUCCGAUUAUGAGCUCCGUCUGCUGUCUCGCAGAGACAAAGUUGUCGGUGUGCCCAGCGAAUCGGUCUUGAUUUCAACUGAAGGUAUGGAGAUGUAUCCAGCUCCACCCAAUCUGCUGGCCUCUAUUCCUGAGCCGCUGCUGGCCGGCGUUAUUGGAGGCGUGUGUUUUCUGUUUCUUGCCAUCGUCCUCUCUCUGGUGACGGCUUGUGUUAUGAACAAAAGGAGAGACCGACGGCGAAGGAAGAAGAGAGAUGAUAUCCCCUCUGCCCUCCAGAAGAGUCCGUCUCUGCAAGCUGGCUCGCCUUCUGACAGCCCUGACAGCGUGCUGAAAUUUAAGUUGUGCCCUCCCCUAAACUUCUUCCCCAGCUCAUCCUCCUCCGAUCGUUCGGACCGGUCCUCCUUUAAUAAGAGCGGCCGCGGUGAGGACCAGGAUCAGACGAAGCAGCUUCUCUCUCCAUCCUCUCCAACUCCAUGCUACACUCUGUUUGAGAGCCACUUCGGAGGCUCUCCAUCGCCCACGUCUGCCAUUGAAUCCAUAUCCAGAGGUCCCGAUGGACGGUUUAUUAUCAAACCCUCCCUCGAAGACUCUACCCUCACCAACAUCAACAAGAACCUCAGAAAAGAAAUCCCACAAUCCCCUGGUAGAGCGUGUGUUGAAGACAGUAACAAUGCGUCUUCCAAAGAUUCCAAUUCUGUAAGUUCGGAGAAGAAUGGACAGAGAGAGACGUUAACUGUGACCCCUCCAAACCAAGAGAGACCCUCUCACUCCCCUGGGAGAGUGCGGGCGAUGGCCAGAAACUUCUCACGGCAUGGCUGCUUCUAUUCAGAUGGUGAGCAGGGCUGUUCUGAGGCUUUGCUGGAGAGGACCAGCUUUUAUUCAGACUGCAGUGAAAAGAGAAAAUACCAGAGUGCCAGCCAAAGAGAGGACAUAUUCCCGAGUCUAACCAGGAGAGCACGAGGUUUAGAGAGAGAGAGACUGCUACAUCAGACAGGUUACCAGCCCAUCGAUGGAGACAGCCAGCUGACGGAGCUCAGCACUGUGACGUCUCAGCUCGAUGGAGAACGAGAAAGAGACAACUUGAGCAAAUGCCUGAGACUGGUGAAGGAACGUGAGCAAAUUGAAAGGGAGCUAGAGUGCUACACGUCCAACCAAAGAGCACAGGUGCAUGAAACAGAACAGAGGCGAGCCAAGUCUGUAAGCCCCUUACGAAAAUGGACAUGCGUUGAGUCCGAAGACCCCAUUUGGAAGCCUCAAGACAUCCAUUUACGUCAAAAAGCACGACCUAGCAGCUUGGCCCAGCGUGUGUCGGAUUAUAGAAGGGGCUGUUAUUUUGGAAACACCAGCAGUCCCAUGGAGAGGCUACUUCCUUCUUCUUCAUACGUCCAGUGGGAUAUUAGUCCAGUGACGUCACCCACCAGUCUGGUUCCGGCUCAGAGCCUUUCUGAAGGAAACACUCCUCGCUGCCUGUACCCUCACACACGUCAACAAGACAUUGUCAAAGCAGAAGACUCCGUGGAUGCAGACGUCUCAUGUUCACAAGCCACACAAAACACUUCUCUCUCGCUUCUGUUUUCAAGCAGGAAUUGCCUGUCUCCCUUUAGAGCUGACCAGAGCAGGACACGAUGCCCAGAGAGACCCUCGGAGGAGGACCAGGAGUCGUCCAACAAGAAUUUAGCAGAGGAGGAUUGGAAGCAAGAGAAGAAAAUGCUAACAGAUGUUUCAGCAUGUAGAUCAUCCUCUCCUGUGCCAUUGAGUCUUCAACCGUCAGAACUGCACCAUGCAAUGACAGAAAGAGAUGGAGACACAUGCGUUACACACACAGAGCUUGUAAGAACUGAGCACAAAGUCAGUCGGAGUCAUAAUCAUUCAGACUGCUCUACACUGCCCUAUGACCAUCAGAAAGUAGCAGCAAAGAGAAAUGAUAUGGUGAGGGAGGAACCCCGCUCCCUGUUACCAUACAAUGAGCAAGAGAAGGAGGCUAUCAGGGCUCGAUCUCGAGAGAGCGACAAAUGCGUCUUCUAUGACAGCCCCAGUCGGAUAUCUCCGCUCACGGUGUUUGAAAAUGAGGCUGAAAGUGAUCAAUCAAAUUUCUCUAGAAUGUCAGAAUUAAUAAAAGCUCCCCCGGUAAGGAUGUCUCCCGUUCAGACCAGCGCUAUCCUGGAAUAUUUGAGUCUUCCAGGGUUCAUCGAGAUGAGCGUAGAUGAUCCUGUAGAUGUGACUGAACCUUCAGAAUCCAUCGAGCCCAGCGUACAACCAGACACUGGGAUGCUGUUAGGGUGUGAACCUGACCUAGUACCCAAAACUUGGGAAAAACAUGAUCAAGACCAGUCUAAGAUUGUCAGUAAUCAUCACAAUGGGGUUGUUUAUGAGGGUAGCACCCAGAUAACUCAUUCUAAACCUGCUAGUGUUUUAAAUUCUGAACCCACAAGCAAUAAAGGUUUGUUAUCACAUAAAGAGAAAGAACAAAGUUCAGUACAACCUUUGCUUUGUCAAAAAAGAUUUGGGUCUCAAAGACAAGACAGUACUAAACAGAUUCCAGCGCAGACAUUAAUAAACACAGCUAAAAGUGUGGCAGCCAUAGUUUCCAGUCCUCAAAGUCUAGACUGUAGAUCUGAACAACCUCACAGACCUCAGGGAGAAAGAAAAAAUAUGAUAGCCUCACGCAUCUGUCAAGCUCCGGUGCCUUUGAUGAAGAAGUCACUUAGCGUUGGUCCAUGUAGGAACUUCUCUGGAGUUGGGCAGCCACGUUCUUUUCUUAAAAAGUCCAUCAGUUUAGGUUUUCCAAGAUGGGAACAUCAUGAAAAUCCACGAACUUACAUCUCUGAGAGAUGUUACAGAGAUGUGUUACCCCAUCCAGAUUUAAGGGUCAAAUCCUAUAGUUUGGGUCACACCCCUGCACCCUACUAUCCCAUGUCAGGUUCAAUGUGGCGAGGGCCAGCACCCUUUAAUCCAAGAUACUUUGAAUCAUCUCACCCUUCUAUACCGGGGCCGGACCCGCGUCGACAGGCUGCCGUCUUUCCAGGCGUCUCACGGUGGCCUCUGUCCUAUCAGGACACGCUAAGGUCAAUUCAGCACAAGUAUGUCCCGCAAGUUCCCUUCAGACCGUUUGGCCCACCCGGACCUGUGGCGAGAGGGGGAUAUUUGCAUCCGUCAGAACCUAGAAGGGUCCCGCAAAGGCCUUUCCUCCCGAGGGGUUACAGCUGGCCCUCACCGUAUCGUGCAGCCUUUCCUCAACGAGAGCAGGACUUCCCGAAAGAGGUGGACAGGGGGGUGAGUUCAGUCAGGGUUUGUCCAGAGACGGACGGCAGGGGAGGAGAUGGGGGGAGAGCGAGUUUCGCCAGUCAGAGCAGUGGAAGGGGUAGCGUGGGCCCGUAUGGACACCUGCGCCAGUCUCUUUCCAUUACCCCCACCUUACUGAGCUCACCGGAGACCACUGAAGAGAGUGAGAGACUCAAGACAGACUCAGGCAUGCAAGAACAGAGGUCUAAAAGAAGAAACCCAUCUGUAGAUGAGAGUUACGAAUGGGAUUCUGCGGAAUACUCUGCCGAUCCUAAUAUCCUGGAGGCCAUGAAGAUGGAACGGCCCCAAGCGGGCUUUGGGCGAGGCAGGGAGUUGAAGCGUGAUCUGCCGCCCUCCACCGCUGGCCUCCAGGAUGCCCAGAGUAAACGCCUGUAUUCCAUCAGUUCUCCCCUUGUAUCCCAGCCUCCCCAGCGGCGGUACAGUCGUUCCCUCAGCGAUGCCCGCUUCAAUGCCCUGAGACAAGAGUUUCAGGAGUAUCUCAGAGCUCAAGAAUCCUGCUCCCGAGACCCCGGCAUCCCCCCUGACCCAGACUCUGAUUCCAGCUCUGCACUGCUCUGAGCGUCCCAGUGAAGAUGAAUUAGUACAAACCUGAGAAAUGACUUGAAUAACCUUGAGAGGCCUUGAUGCUUCAUCCCACAGCUGAUUGAAGGGUCUUGCGAGGUCCAUUCCGUUUCUAAUGUUUUCUUUUAAACUUGAAAAGUUUUUUUGAAGUGUAGUUUAUAGAUCUGUCCUCUGUUGGUGUAUGUAUUUAUCUGUAAGUCUUCGAUCCCAGAUUGAAUGUCUGUGUCCAGACUAAUGCAGUAGCUAUGAAAUGUAGUACAGUUUCGCUCGAAAGAUACAAAAUGUUUUGUAUUAAUGUUGAUAUUUGUUGUUGGAAAUAGAGUCUGGAAAAAAUACCACAACCAAACAACAGCGUAGUCAGCUUUGACAAUCCAAUACUGCAACUGAGAAUACGGUUUUAUAGUUUUCAUUUCAAACAACUUGAGUACAUGUAUAUACAAUAAUGAUGCACAAACAUGUGUUUACUGUGUUCAUAUUUGAGCAUCAUUCAUCUUGAAACUGAAUAUCCUCAGACAAUUUCCUUGUAAAACAUUCAGCGCCAACAUGAAUAAGAAGCCUAGCAAAAACGAAAUGCUUCAUUUUUUUGAUUAUUUACUUGAUGUUAUUAACUCUUCCAAACAAAACCAUAAAAUGUUUUUACUUCACUUUAAAACAAAGAACUCGAUUGAGCGGCUUUGAGGAGUAUUUAUAACAUGGCUGAAAGAAAACAUAUAAAUGUUUCCAUAUAAAUCUUGACAUUAAUGUAUGUGGUUAUCUCUUCUCUGUUCAUAAUGUUCAUAAUGUCAUUGUUUCCCAGAUUUCAUAAAUGUUUUAAGAGAACUUUCUUAAAAAGUUGUAAGAAAAUCUAUCUUAUAUUUAAGAUGCUGCUGUACAUUUUUGUAAUACGUUUGAAGAUUUUUGUAAAAAGUGUUUUUAUAUGUUCUUGUAUGUAGUUUUCAUUAAUGCUACUUGUUUUUAUAUGCUUGUCAAAUAAAGUGUUUCCCAGAAACACUACUGUCAUACCGAGAUUGCCUUU